UGUUGCAACAAUGGAAUUUCAAAUCAUGUGACUUCACAACUCAGCCUACAAGGUAACCAGGUGUAUUAUCAAACAGGCGUGGUUAUGGAUUUAUAGCUUAGCUCUAGUUUGAAUGGAGAAUGAGGCACAGACUCAAAGUCUAACAGAGAUACUGCACACAUCAAAGCUGAUAGACAGACGUUCACAUGAACUACAUGUCAGUGUGAAAGGAGUCAUGGACGGACCAGAGGAGUGCAACAGAGCCGUGUUGGUGUCUGUAGCAACCUUUGACCCUGGGGUUCCCUUAGAAAAGAGGUCUGGGGCCAACCAUGAUGCUAAGAAGCUUCACCGCAUCCUCACUAAACUGGGCUUCAAGGUGGAACUUCACAUGGACCCGAGCAGCAAGGAAAUCUACAACCUGUUCUCUGAAGAAAGCAGGCGGCCUGUGAAGGACUGCUUCCUGGCUGUCCUGUCGUCUCACGGGGAGGAGGGCUGCGUGUUCGGAUCAGAUGGGAAACCUGUCCGACUGUCUCGUGUCUUCACGUACUUUGAUAAUGAAUGCAUGGAGAAAAAGACCAAACUGUUCCUCAUACAGGCGUGCCGAGGAGGCGCUCUAGAUGAUGGAGUGGAGGUUGAUUCAUCAGUCAGCAGAUUCCCACCCUACCUUUCUGUUCCCAUGGAUACGGCUGUGAUGUUUGCGACAUCACCAGGUUAUGGUGCGUUCAUGAACCUCACUGGAUCAGUCUUCCUGCAGUCGUUCUGCUCAUUAUUGGAAGAGGAGGGUCACUCUAACCUGGAGCUGACUCGGCUGAUGACCCGACUCUCUCACAGGGUUGCCUACACCUUCGAGGCCAAAGGGAGGAAGUAUGAUGGGAAGAAAGAGAUGCCAUGCUUGCUGACACGACUGACCAGAGAUGUGUUCCCGUUUGCAGAAACGGAGAAAGACAGGAAUGGGGAAAGGAUGUCUGCCACAUCAUUGGUUGUUUCACAGAAUGUUAGACAACGGAUUGUUUCACUAAGUUAGGAAGCAGUUCCCCCGCCUGCUGACUCGGCACAUAUGAAGACUGGCAUGAUCAGGAACAUCACAAACUAAUGACGACAGAUAAAGUGGGAACCGUGUAACUGUUAUUUCUGUAGAAAUAUAUAUUGGUAAAGAAAACAUUGAGGUUUUUUUGCUCAUGUACAUACAUAUUAUAUAUUUAAUCAUGAGAAAGUUAUUUAGUUGUAAUAUACUUAUUGGUCAUUAAAGUAAAAUGUAAA